AUGGAUUUAGAGCAAGAAGAGAUGCAAUUCCUUGGAGUGUUUGAUAUACUUAAAGAAGCCUACAAAAUCAUCCUCACAUGUAGAAAAAUCUUCAGCCAAAUAACGCUUACCUUAAUCAUCCCUCUAUCCCUCUUGAUUUUAAUCCACAUAGAAGUCUCUGACAUCCUUUUCCGCAACAUAAUCCACAACCAGGUCGACCUGGUGGAUACCCAAGUCGGAACACCCAAGUACAACACCCUCUCUCGCCACAUCUCCUCCGAAUGGACCUAUCUUUGGCUCUUCAAAGGUCUUUACUUCACUUUCCUCCUCAUCUUCUCCCUCCUCUCCACCUCUGCAGUCGUCUACACCGUUGCCUCGGUCUACACCGCCCGAGAAUUAUCCUUCAAAAAGGUCAUCAGUGUCGUUCCCAAGGUUUGGAAGCGCCUCAUGAUAACCUUCUUGUGGACCUUCCUGGCCUUCUUCCUCUACAACUUCCUCGCCUUAAUUAUAUUGGUUAUCUUUACUGUUAUAAUGGUUGAAUAUUCAUUCCAGCCGGGGUUGGUUAUGCUUGUCGUUUUGGGGUUGUUGUAUGUUGUAGGAAACAUAUACAUGAGUCUGAUUUGGCAGCUGGCCUCUGUCGUUUCUGUUCUUGAAGAAGUUCGUGGGAUUCAAGCCAUGAAGAAGAGCAAAGCGUUGAUCAAGGGAAAGAUGUGGACAUCCAUUUUCUUAUUUGGGAUUCUCACAGUUUUCAGCUUCCUCUUCCAAUUCACCUUUCAGAAGCUUGUCGUUCACGGAUGGUCGUUUGGGUUGUUUGGUAGAGCAGCAUACGGUGUCGUUUGCUUGUUGGUCUUCGUCGUGUUGAUGCUUUUGGGGCUUGUUACACAGACCAUUCUUUACUUCGUUUGCAAAUCUUAUCACCAUGAGAACAUAGACAAGUCAGCUCUUUCCAAUCACCUUGAGGUUUAUCUACUCGGAGAAUAUGUCCCUCUCAAGACCAAGGAUGUUCAACUUCAACACUUUGAAGUUUAA